AAGAAAUUUAGUGGACGAUCUUAAUAAAAAUUUUAUAAAGUAAACAUGUCUGAAGAAGAAGUUAAUCAAGUUGCUGAACAAGUCCAAAAGACUUAUCUCGAUGAUGUUACUGGAGAACAAGUUUCCAAGACAGAAUUAAAGAAGAGACAAAAAUUAAGAGCUAUUGAAGCUAAGAAAGCUGCUAAAGCUGCUACAGCUGCUGCAACUGCUCCAAAAGUUAGUAAGAAAGUUGGAGGUGAAGAACAAGAAUUAACUCCUAAUCAAUAUUUUGAAAUUAGAUCUAGUAAAAUUAAUGAAUUAAGAGAAGCUAAUAAUUCUGAUUCAACAAGUUUAAAUCCUUAUCCUCAUAAAUUUCAUGUUUCAAUUAAAUUACCUGAAUUUAUUGAAAAAUAUAAUCAUUUAACUAAAGGUGAAACUUUAACUGAUGUUGAAGUUAAUGUUUCUGGUAGAAUUAUGGCUAAAAGAGAAUCUGGUUCUAAAUUAAAAUUUUAUGUUUUAAAAGGUGAUGGUGUUGAAGUUCAAAUUAUGGCUCAAGCUGAUGAUGUUUCAACUCCUGAAGCUUAUGAAGCUAUGCAUGAACAUUUAAGAAGAGGUGAUAUUAUUGGUGUUACUGGUUAUCCUGGUAGAACUAAUCCAAAGAAAGGUGGUGAAGGUGAACUUUCUGUUUUUGCUACUUCUGUUAUUUUAUUAACUCCUUGUUUACAUAUGUUACCAACUGAACAUUUCGGUUUUAAAGAUCAAGAAGCUAGAUAUAGAAAGCGUUACUUAGAUUUAAUUAUGAAUGAUUCUACUAAGAAGAGAUUCCAAGUUAGAUCUAAAAUUAUUAGUUUUAUUCGUAGAUUCUUAGAUUCAAGAGAUUUCGUUGAAGUUGAAACUCCAAUUUUAAAUGUCAUUGCUGGAGGUGCUACUGCUAAACCAUUUACUACUCAUCAUAAUGAUUUAAAUAUGGAAAUGUUCCUUAGAAUUGCUCCUGAAUUAUUCUUAAAAGAAUUAGUUGUUGGUGGUUUAGAUAGAGUUUAUGAAAUUGGUCGUCAAUUUAGAAAUGAAGGUAUUGAUAUGACUCAUAAUCCAGAAUUUACUACUUGUGAAUUCUAUCAAGCUUAUGCUGAUGUUUAUGAUUUAAUGGAUAUGACUGAAUUAUUAUUUUCUGAAAUGGUUAAAGAAAUUACUGGAUCUUAUAAGGUUACUUAUCAUCCAGAUGGUCCAAAGGGUGAAGAAUUAACUUUAGAUUUUACUAGACCAUGGAAGAGAGUUAAUAUGAUUGAAGAAUUAGAAAAAGUUUACAAUGUUAAAUUCCCAGCUGGUGAUCAAUUACAUACUGCUGAAACUGGUGAAUUCUUAAAGAAAAUUUUAAAGGAUAAUAAAUUAGAAUGUUCUCCUCCAUUAACUAAUGCUAGAAUGUUAGAUAAAUUAGUUGGUGAAUUAGAAGAUGCAAGUAUUAAUCCAACAUUUAUCUUUGGUCAUCCUCAAAUGAUGUCUCCAUUAGCUAAAAAGCAUAGAGAUAUUCCAGGUUUAUGUGAAAGAUUUGAAGUUUUCGUUGCUACUAAAGAAAUUUGUAAUGCUUAUACUGAAUUGAAUGAUCCAUUUGAUCAAAGACAAAGAUUUGAAGAACAAGCUAGACAAAAGGCUCAAGGUGAUGAUGAAGCUCAAUUAGUUGAUGAAACUUUCUGUAAUGCUUUAGAAUACGGUUUACCACCUACUGCUGGUUGGGGAUGUGGUAUUGAUAGAUUAGCCAUGUUCUUAACUGACUCCAACACUAUUAGAGAAGUCUUAUUAUUCCCAACUUUAAAGCCUGAUGCUUUAGUUAAGGGUGAAGAAAACUUUUAAAUACUUUUUUCCUUUUUCCUUUUCCUUUUACUGUUAUUAGAUUAAAUUAAAUUAAAUAAAUAUAUCUAUGUAUAUACCAAUAAAUAU